AUGGCGCGGAGAGCGCUCCUGCUCGUGAUCACCAUGGCCACCGCCGCGCUUGUCUUACUGCUGGCCGUGGCUCCAGCGCCAGCGAUCGCCAUGGAUUUCAGCGACAAGGACCUGGCGUCAGAGGAUUCCCUGUGGGCCUUGUACGAACGCUGGCGCGCGGAGCACACGGUAUCUCGUAAUCUCGGCGAGAAGGCCAGCCGCUUCGAUGUGUUUAAGAAGAACGUUCGGCUCAUCCACGAGUUCAACCUCGGCGACGAGCCCUACAAGCUCCGUCUCAACCGCUUCGGUGACAUGACCGCCGACGAGUUCAGCCGUGUCUAUGCCUCCUCCCGCGCCUUCCACGGCGACCGGAGGAGCGACAGCUUCAUGCACGGCAGUGCUGCCGCCUCCAGCCUCCCCUCGUCGGUGGACUGGAGGAAGAAGGGCGCGGUGACGGGCGUCAAGGACCAGGGGCAAUGCGGCAGCUGCUGGGCGUUCUCCACGGUCGCGGCCAUCGAGGGCAUCAACGCGAUCCGCACCAAGAAGCUGAUAUCUCUAUCGGAGCAGCAGCUCGUGGACUGCACCGCGUCCAACUGGGGCUGCAGCGGCGGCUGGAUGGACACCGCAUUCCAGUACAUCUCCAGUGGCUGCGGAAUCGCCUCCGAGGCCGCGUACCCCUACACUGCCCAGCAGGCGCCCACCUGCAAUACGUGUGUCCCCCGCGUGGUCAAGAUCGACGGCUACCAGGACGUGCCGGCCAACAACGAGACGGCGCUGCAGGUGGCGGUGGCGGCGCAGCCUGUGUCGGUGGUUGUCGACGCGAGCGGGUUCCAGUUUUAUUCUGAAGGGGUGUUCGCCGGAGAGUGCGGGACUUCGACCAACCACGCCGUGACGGCGGUGGGGUACGGCACCACCGUGGACGGCACCCAGUACUGGAUCCUCAAGAACUCAUGGGGCGUAGGGUGGGGCGAGAAAGGAUACAUCCGCAUAAAGCGCAACGUGGAAGACAAUCGGGGACUUUGCGGCAUCGCCCAGGUGGCAUCCUACCCUGUCAAGACAUCGCCCAACAACAAACAGGGGGACGUCCUCCGCGAUGAGCUCUGA